CCUUCCAUAAGGCCAGCAGCGUGUUCGUUUCUGGAAUCGAAACCUGAAAUCUCACGAUUUCUAAAAAGGAAAGAUGUGGCAUGAAGCAAGGAAGUCGGAGAAGAAAGUCCACGACAUGAUGGACGCCGCUCGGAAGAGAGCUCAGCGCCGAGCAAUCUAUUUGGCUAAGCGGCGGGGCGACCCCCGGCAAUAUAUCCAAGCCGUCGGAACCCGCUGCCGCAUCUACCGCGAUGAUGCCCUCUAUCAAGCGACGGAGGAUGAGCAGGGAAUGAUACCUUGGAAUGGCAAGCAAGACACUCUGAUUGACAGAUUUGAUGGUCGUGCUCUUCUUGAUUUUAUACGGGAUACCAGUUCCCGGAGUUUUCGUGCUCCACAGAGAACUGAAGAGGAAGAAGAAUUGGAAGAGUUUGUUAAUUUUGAGCGUUACCGGGACUUAAUUAAGCAUCGGCGUAGAGGAUUUAAUGAUGCAGACGGUUUACAAUAUGUUAGCCAAGAGAUGGAGGCUAAGGUUGUUGCUCAAUUUGACGCAGACAGACCUCAAAUAACACAGACUUCAACAAGCAAGGGGUCUUAUUCUCAAGUGGGGUUCUCUUAUGAUGGAGAAGUAAAAGAUGAGGCUCAUUAUUCAGAUGCAGAUGAAGAUGGUGAGGGUGAAGAGGAUGAAGAGGAUGAUUUUAAUAGUGAUGAUAGUUGUGAUGAAGCAAUGGAGUCUGUUGCAAAAGAAUUUGGAGUAAAGAGAUAUGGAUGGCUUGUUUACAUGGAUAAAAAGGCAAAAGAGGAGGAAAGGAGACAAAAAGAAGUAAUAAAAGGGGAUCCUGCCAUUAGGAAAUUGAGUCGAAAAGAAAGAAGAAAGGCGUCACAGUUGGAAAGAGAAAAGGAAAGAGAAGCUGCCCAAUUUACCGGGAUUCGACGUUCCCAUCACGACCCAUAUCGGGAGUCAAGACGAAGUCCAACAUACGAAGCUUAUUCACGAUCUAGAAGGUCAAAGUCUAGGUCAAGGUCUCCAUCAAACUCCAGGCGUUAUGGACGUGGAACACAUUAUGGUGUUGAGCAGGGAAGGGCUCCAAAGCUAGAGUACAUAACUGAGUUUGGGGGUUCAGAUAUUGAAAAUGAGCCUAAGUUUGAAGGAUAUUCUCCACCUCGUAGUCCUCCAUCACAAGCUGAUGAUUCACUAAACCGGUCGGAGCACUCGACCUUUUUUUCAUGCAAAAGCUUCAUUGGACUCUCUUUACUCUGCUGCAGCUUAUCACCCUUUUUGUAACCUGAUUCAAACUUAAAUGUGGUUUAGUAUGCCACGGUUAGGAUUAUCAUAACUUCCAAGGAUAAGAGAGAACCUAACUCUGAGUGCCUCAAUUUGCCACCUUGAGAUCCAAUUCAUCUAAUGCUUAUGUGUUCUGCAGGCCAUCAUCUGGUCUCAUUCUUGAAGCUCUUCAUGUAGAUCCUGCAUCAGGGGUUUCUUUUGACAAGGAAAAGAAUACCAAGUUACUGAGAACACCAGCAUGCUCAACUUCAUCUGUUGCAAAAUUAAGCAAGACACCAACUAGCUCAAUCUUCUCUAAACAACAGGGAGAAAAAAAGGAAACUCCUCAGGAGCGGCUCAAGCGAAUCAUGAGCAAACAACUGAACAAACAAAGUAUAAUUAGUUUGAUGUGCAUCUUUCAGGAGAAGCACAUAAUUUAAUUAACUACUAAUAUNAGUGUUCAUGUUUUCUAUAUCAGUUUCCUCUCACAGUUGAUUGCUUUUUAUUAUUGUUUUUGUUGACAGCUCAACUUCAUCUGUUGCAAAAUUAAGCAAGACACCAACUAGCUCAAUCUUCUCUAAACAACAGGGAGAAAAAAAGGAAACUCCUCAGGAGCGGCUCAAGCGAAUCAUGAGCAAACAACUGAACAAACAAAGUAUAAUUAGUUUGAUGUGCAUCUUUCAGGAGAAGCACAUAAUUUAAUUAACUACUAAUAUUUGCUUCUGAAAGUGAUCAGAAUUGCAAGAUUAAGGAUCUCCACUCUUCACCCUCAACUCAAUUCAUGUCAUUUAAAAAAUUGUUCUGUAUAUUAUUUUAUGAAAACCAUAAUUGCCUUUUUGCAGUCAAGAAAGAUACAGCUAUUGAAACAGCUAAGAAGCGAGAGCAAGAAAGACUGAGGCUUGAAAAACUUGCAGAAACAAACAGAAUAAGUCGAUAUCGCCAUCGAAGCCGUAGUAGAAGUUACAGUCACUCCCCACCAAGGUAAUUUUAAAGGAAAUAAGUUCUGACAUUUUAG